AUGAGUUAAUUAACAUCAAACAAAGGAAAUGUCUAUGACGAAAAUGCAAUGACUGAUGAAAAAGGAAAGAUAAAAUCGUAAACCUUAUAAGUGUUCGUAUCACCAAAUGAACAACCAACACUAUUGAGUCAGAAUUUUGUUUAUGAUGGAUUUAAUACCCCAAAAAUUCCAUGUUUGUAUCAUAAAGGGAAUAUAUUAACUAAUUUUUGCUCAUGCAUUUAGUGUUUGCUACCAUUAUGUCCUUAAUGUGUAGAGGAGCACAUCAUAAAACAUAAGGAGGAAUAGACUUCCAAUAAAAUUGAAUGUCUGGAGAAUGUCUUAAAUACUGUUUAUAAAAAUAUUGUUCAAGAAAGUUUAAAUAUUAUCCUAACCUUAUUAGCUAAUUUCUUUGCCAAAAGUUAUUUUGAUUUGAAAAACAAUGUCGAUAGCAUGGCUUAUGCAACAGAUAAUACUAUUAAUAAAUUACUUGACAUUUAAAAUCGUAUAAUUAGGGUUGUAGAACAGUUCUUUAAGUCUUUAAUUAAUGAUGUGCAAAAUAAGCAAAAAAAGAAUUAAUAAAAUCAAGAGAAGGAUGCUGAAUCACUCAAACAGUUGGUAUAAUAAAGAUGGUCAUCUCAUGUAACCUUUUUGGAGACUUUGAAUUCUGAAAAUAGUAUGACUUCAGUUAUCUAAUUCUUCGGAACAUCCUUACUUGAAGACAAUGACAAAUAUUUCAAUAUCUUGGAUUAAUACUCAAACAGAUUUGAAUAGGUGACAUCAGAUAUCAUUUUCAAUUAAGAAAAAGCAAUAGAAAUUGCUGCUCAUUUAAGUCACAUAAUCAAAAUUAGACAUAAUGAUGUACCUGAAUUUAUUAAAAUCCACACUCUACCAAGUCCAAAUAUAUCAGAUGCUGUUUCCUUCCAUUCUAAGACACCUAGUCAUAUCAAACCAUCACAACCCCUAUAUCCAUCAAUCUAGUAGCCUGCAUUCACUCCCCCUUAACAUGUGAUUACAGGAGCCACUAGAAUACUCGAUAGUGGUACAUUUUACACAGACAAACGAUAUACAGACUCAUUGAAUAGGCUUCCAUAGUAUUAAAUGAGAUGA